CAUCCAUCCAUACACCCUACAAAAGAAGAUUCUGCAGCCCACUCUCUGCUCCCUUAUUGAGUGACACUUCCUCUGCACCUGCAGUUCUCACCUUACUUUAUGUCAACAAAAGAGAAAAGCCUGUUCCCACUUUCAACCCGCAAAGACUGCUAUUUGGCUUACAAAGCUAGCCUCAAACAGCAAGCUUUCCCUUUUUUUGAUACAGAUUAGCUCAGCGGAAGAGGAAGAGGAAGAGGAAGAGUGAUGGAAGCUGGAUGGAGAAAUGGUAAUGUCAUGACGGGGAAGUCUGUUCAUCCCUUCUCUCCUUCUCAGUGGCAAGAACUGGAGGAACAAGCUAUUAUCUUCAACUGCAUGUCAUUGGGAAUGCCAAUCCCUACUCAUCUUCUUCUCCAUCUAAGAAGAAACAGAUACUCUCAACCAAAGCUUGGGUUUUUCCCACCUUACUCUCCUUUGGGAUGGGGUUGUUUUCAGUUGGGAUCAAGUGGGAGAGCAGAGGAUCCAGAGCCAGGGAGGUGUAGGAGAACUGAUGGUAAGAAAUGGAGGUGCUCGAGAAUGGCUUGUCCAGAUUCUAAGUACUGUGAAAGGCAUCUUCAUAGAGGAAAGAAUCGCUUAAGGAAGCAUGCAGCGGCUUCUCUUAAGAAUGAAAAUUCUGCUUCAGUUCUUUCUUGCUCUCCCCUUCCUCUUUUUCCUUCUAUCAACACAAGCAAAGAUGCAGCCUGUAACGAGCCCAGGUAUUUUCAUGGACUUGAGCAAGCCUCAAGCUCAGGAACAUCAGGCUUGAUUUUUCAGAAUUACCUUGCUUUGGAUUCAGAUUUGCGAUCGGAAAGAUUUGUGGAGUUUGAUAAAGGAGGAAACCAGAAGCCAAUCUCCCUUCACAGCUUCUUCAAUGAAAGGCCAGAGAAGAUUGAAGAAGAUGAGAGAGCUCAGACUUCUCAAUGCAAAUCACAGAGAAGAACAGAAGAGUUGACCAGUUCUGGAUCUGGGAUUCCAGAGCCUUUGCCUGUAUUACUUGAUCUAAAUGUUUGAUUGGUGUUCUCUUUCGUUUGACAUAUUAU